AUGAAAAAGAAUGAUUUAGCUGAAGUUCUGAAAAAGUAUCAAUUAAAAGUACAUUCUAGUUUGAAAAAGAAUGAUAUGAUCGAUACAAUAUUGAAAUAUCAAGAAAUCAAGUCAAAGUUGGUCACUGAUAAUUCAAUGGAAAAAUAUCAUCGUGGAACAGUUUCAUAUGCAUUGCCAACAUUGAUCAUCUACAGAAUCAUCAAAAUUCGAUGGGAUCGAGACACUGUGAACUUUUUGGAGAAUCAUUACUUGAGGAAAAACUAUCAAUGGCUACUUUCACUCUCUUUGAUUUCAAAAGAGUUUUUCAAACUUAUCAGUUCUCUAUUCAGUAGGAUACGUUAUAGUAUCUCUGACAACUAUAAACGUUAUUCUUUUCCCGAAAACCAAGCCAAGCACAGUGUGAUCUCACCUCACUCUGUACUAAAGACAAUUAAUCAUCUCUCAAUGGAAUUGUCGAUUUUUCGAGAUAUCAUUUACAAAUAUGAAUGUAAUUCAGUGGAAUUAUCAUUGAUCUUUAGAAAUCUGCGGAAAUUAGAGUUGUUCAAUAGCAAUAAGGCUCCUUUACACAAAAUGGACUGUAAAACAAUUGCACGAUAUAUGGUCAAUCUCGAAUCGCUCUAUCUUUAUUCAAUUUUUAUUUAUAGCGUCAAGAUGAUGAAAGUUUUUAAGCAAAUGAAUAGUUUGACUUCACUCGACUUUUCACAUUCUUAUUUCUGUGGGUUUGCACUCAACUCCAAUCUUAUUCAAGCUUCCAUUCGAAAACUGAAGCUACCUCAUUACCGUUUUGUAUUGAAUUCCAAAAAUUUUUCAUUCGACCAAUUUACUUCGAUUGGUUUUGGAUCGCUAGACCGUGUCAUGCUUGCUUCAAUUAUUGGUCAGUUCAACAACAUCACCAAACUAUCAUUUGAAUGUCCAGUUAAAAGCGAUAACGAAACAGCUGAAAUCUAUGAGAGAUUGUUGUCUUCCAAAGACUGUAAGAUUCGACACUUGACCGUUAUCAAACCAAAUAAAUGGAUAGAGAAAGCACUCUCUAUGAACCAAUCGAUUGAAACCCUCGACCUGCAUGAAGCAUUCUCACAAACCUAUUAUAUCUCUAAAUCUUCUUCGACCAUCAAGAAAUUUCUCUUUACCACAGUGGUAAAUUCCCUUCCUAACAUUCUCUGUGAUUCUAAGAAUCAGCAUACUGGUUAUAUAUUAGUCAAAUCCAAACGUUUAGUGAUAAAGGAGGGUUCGAGAAGCUAUGCCAAGAAAUUCUACAAUAUAGACGAGUUGGGCAAUGAGAGAGCAUUGUCUUUCGAGUCUCAUUAUCCAAAUCUUAGAUUUUUAUAUUGUCCUGCAAUACAUCAUUUAACUUAUAUAAUAAUUAAUAUAGAUAUUUCAAAUCAAAAAUAG